AUGGCUCUCCCUCUUGUUGGCAAGCUCGCUGUCGUCACUGGCGCCUCCCGAGGCAUCGGUCUGGCCAUCUCCAAGGCUCUCGCCGCCCGCGGCGCAAACCUCGUCCUCGCUUACACUUCUGCCAACUCUGCCGCUUCCACAGCCAGCCUGGCCGCCGAGCUGUCCUCCAAGCACUCCAUCAAGGCCGUGCCCAUCCAGGCCGACCUCGGCACCACCACCGGCCCCGCCAGCCUCGUCUCGCAGGCCGCGGAGGCCUUCAGCCCUCUCCGCAUCGACAUCCUCGUCAACAACGCUGGUGUCGCCCUCAACGACAAGAUCCCCGACAUCAAGCCCCAGGACUUCACCACCAGCUUCAAUGUCAACGUCAUGGGUCCCCUGCUGCUCGUCCAGGCUGCUCAACCCUACCUCCCCAACGACCGCUCCGGCCGCAUCAUCAACCUCAGCAGUGUGAGCUCCAGCCUGGGUUUCGUCGGACAGAGCGUCUACGGCGGUACCAAGGCGGCUCUCGAGGCCAUGACAAAAACCUGGGCUCGCGAGCUCAGCGAGAACUGCACCGUCAACGCCAUCAACCCCGGCCCCGUCCGCUCCGAGAUGUACUCGCGCAACUCGGAAGAGUUCAAGCAACUCAUCAAGCCCUUCAUCCAGAACGCCCCUCUCAUGGCUGUGCGUCCUGGUGUCGACGACCCUGCCAUCGUCGAGGAGGCUAAGACGACGGGUGGCCGUGCUGGUGAGGCUGAGGAGAUUGCUGGAGUCGUUGCCAUGCUUGCUGGUCCCGAGAGUUCGUGGAUCACUGGCCAGGUCAUCUGUGCCAACGGCGGCAUGAUCUUUGGUAUGCAAUAG